GUGCGCACGCGCAACAUGGGCCAAACUGAGCGAAACUCUGGAUGGAAGAGACGAGCGGUGGCUGUUGCUAGCUAUUUAUUGAACGCAGUUGUUUCUGUUGAUACCAUAAAUCGGCCUGUUUAACGUCAAGUUUGUUGUUUUAAAUUCCAAGAGUACAAAGUCAUGACAGAGCUACAGUCAGCGUUGUUACUCAGGAGACAGCUGGCAGAACUGAAUAAAAAUCCAGUAGAAGGUUUCUCGGCAGGCUUGAUAGAUGACAAUGACCUUUACAGAUGGGAAGUGCUAAUAAUUGGUCCCCCAGAUACACUGUAUGAAGGUGGUGUGUUUAAAGCGCAUCUCACAUUCCCCAGAGAUUAUCCACUCAGGCCACCCAAAAUGAAGUUUAUCACUGAUAUAUGGCAUCCUAAUGUUGAUAAGAGCGGUGAUGUAUGCAUUUCGAUUCUCCACGAACCAGGAGAGGAUAAGUACGGUUAUGAAAAACCUGAAGAACGCUGGCUCCCCAUUCAUACAGUCGAGACCAUUAUGAUUAGUGUCAUUUCAAUGUUGGCUGAUCCCAACGGAGAUUCUCCUGCCAAUGUGGAUGCUGCAAAAGAGUGGAGGGAAGACCGACAUGGGGAAUUCAAAAGGAAAGUCGCACGCUGUGUAAGAAAAAGCCAAGAGACUGCCUUUGAGUGAUACCUAUCCAGCAACGUGUAGCUACACCUUUUUUUCAGGGUCUCCAAUUGAGAAACAUGGCACUGUUUUUCUGCACUCUACCCACCUAUUGCCGGACUUGUCCUUUUUGGUUGUUGGCACAGGCAGGCUGGCAGAAUAGGCUGCAAUAGAACACCACAGCCGUUACUGACGUUGUUGGAAAAAUGCCUAGCAAGUGCCAAAAUAAAGAUGAUUACGCAAUUUUCAAAAUCCAUGAACUGCUUCAACUUUCAGGAAGAAUUGUAAAGACCUGUACAUAGCACAAACAUAAACCUGAUAAUAUAUAAACUGUUCAUAUCCAUCCAGCAACACACAUAGUACCAAAUAAAUAGCGCUUCUGUAGUUAGAAUAUGAAUCCUGUAAAUUCUUGAAGAUCCCCCCAACCCCCCCCACCCCAAAACAUCCUCCUUUUUUCUUGUGAGCAUUUGCUGAACAGGUUGCUUUGAAAGACAGACAAGUUAAAGGGCAACAGCGGGAAAACCAAGGGUUUUGCGAUAAUUCAGCAGUUUGAAAUGAACUUUUGAUUCUAAAAUAACCAUAACUGUCUGAAUGGUUGUAUCUGGGCUUGCAUACAUUUUCUUGAGUUGAAAGGGUGUUCUCCAAGGUGGCAGUAAAACACUUACAGCAUGCUUGUCAUGGUGGAUCCCUUCUUGCUUUCAGUCCUUCAGGUAAAUGCUAUAAAUCUCAAGUUGAACAUUUUUAUUCAUAUUUUUCCGUUGGUUUUUAACACAAGAAGCUCACACUUAAACAAAAGGGUGUUCCUGUGCAACGUGGUGGAAUACACCUGGUGUUUUGUUUGGUUUCAGGUGCACCUGCAGAAUUGGUGAUUCUUCAGAGGUGCUGCAUGCGCAAGGACUUUCUGAUUCAUAAUUUUAAUUUGUUUUUCAAAAGUGCCUCCUAUUAAAUUGCUUGGUAAUUGCACCCUGCAUCAAACAAAAAAUGUAAGGGUGAGAAGCCAGUGAAAUUGCUACAUACACUUAAGUGUGUGUGUGUGUGUGUGUGUGUGUGUGUAUUCCUUUCUCAGACCCUUUGUACCGUGAUAAUAAUUAUAAUAUUAAUAACAUGGGGUAGCAAUAACCUUUUGUGUACAGUGCACUCUUUGCACCUGUUCAUUUUCAACAUUCAAUUGAAAUUUGGGACAUUUGGAGCCCGUCUAGCCUAAUACACAUUUUGAAGCAAAUUAUUUUGGUGCGCUUGUUUUUGUGGUUCCCUGGGACAGGUUUAUUAAGCAUGCUUUCACUAUAUUUUCAUGUGGACAGUUUCUGGGUUUGGUUAAAAAAAUGCUUGUGUGUGUGGGAAGGGGGGGGGUUGCUGGUGUGUGUGUGUGUGUGUGUGUGUGUGUGUGUGUGUGUGUGUGUGUGUGUGUGUGUGUGUGUGUGUGUGUGUGUGUGUGUGUGUGUGUGUGUGUGUGUGUGCGUGCGUGCGUGCGUGGGUGUUUGAUUGCUUGUGUGUGUGAUUAUUUUUUUGUUUGUUUUUAUUUCCCGUUUUCUUCCCCCACCUGUAUUUCCUUCAUUUUAUUUUGGCUCUGGUGGACUACUGCGGUUUUCUUGCCUAAUGUACAAAGACAAAAUACUGAUGUAUAUUUUUCAUGUAAUGGAAAUUGUCACCUUCUGUAGUGAGUUCUUCCAAAAUAUAAUUUUUUUUCAAUAA